CUCGUUUCUGCUCUCCCCUUAUUGAGUUGGGUGUGCGCCGCACUUCCAGCACCCCAUUUUGUCGAGAAGAGCUCGAUCCGACUGCCUCGGGGAUGGACCCACCAUGGCAUUCCUCGCCUCGCACUCCCAUCACUCUCCGUUUUGGGCUCACCUAGCCUUACUUUCACCGUUUGAAAUAAGCGAUCCAUCUAGCCCCCGAUGGACUGAGCACUUAAGCAAAGAAGAGGUCGAAGAGUUCUCCGCUCCUCAGAAAGUAUCAUCCUGCUCGAAUCUUUUCUUGUCUCGCACGGCAUCGAUAUCACACGCGACGCACUCCAACGAACACCCGCAAGUGAUUGGAUCUCACUCAAGACCACCAUUGAAAUCGCAGAGAAACUUCUCGACACAACCUUUUCAAUAUAUGCGAACCACGAGACCAGACUCACUGCGAUUCGUACAACGUCAUAUAGUCUUCCUGCUCACCUGCACGACCAUAUCGACGUCGUUCAGCCUACGAACUACUCCCCUUCUGGUCGACCUCUUGUCGUCUCUGAUAGUUGAUGAUGGUGCCUUCAACCAGCAAAGCGCUCCCACCCCAGUACCAUCACCACAACCAAACAUGUCACUCCCAGAGCUUAAAACGCUCUAUCGCACCGAUGCGUACAAGGCUAAAGGAACGCGAAGUUCAAUCGGUAUCACCGGGUACCUCGAGCAAUAUGCCAACUUUGCUGACCUCAAACAGUUUUAUUCCAUUUUCCAUCCUCCAGCGCUGAAGAGUGCCCUCCAUGUGGGGCUUAUCAACGGAGCAAUCGGCUCUCGGAACAUUUCCGAGGCUGGCAUCGAGGCUAAUUUGGAUGUCCAAUUCGCGGGAGGGGUAUCGUACCCUGUCAAGCAAAUAUUCUACAGUACAUAUGGUCGCGGCCAAAAUACGAACCAGAGCAUCAGCUAUGAGGAUAACGGGAAUGAACCCUACGACGUUUUUCUCACUUACCUCAGGAAGAAAACGAAGGAUCUUCCUCAAGUGUUGACUACCAGUUAUGGUGAGGAUGAGAAUACAGUUCCAAUCAACUACGCCCGACGUGUGUGCAAGCUUUACGCUGCACUUGGGACGCGGGGUGUUAGCGCUCUGCAUGCCUCGGGCGAUGGAGGUGUAGGCCGCAUGGGGGAAACAGGAGCUUGUUUCACCCCCAAUAGGUUCGUUCCUAUCUUCCCUGGUGGGUGCCCAUACGUCACGACUGUUGGGGCGACGUACCAAAUUCCCGAAACAACAGUUCGCUUCUCGGGAGGGAGAUUUAGUGAUUACUUCCCCCGCCCAUGGUACCAACACCAUGCAGUACCGAGAUACCUUAAAACACUCGGAAGCACGUAUGAAGGAUUGUUCAACAAGAAUGGGGGAGCCUAUCCUGAUGUUGCGGCUCAGGGAUAUCGGUAUUUCAUCGUGUAUCAAGGGAAAGUCAUACGUGUCUCGGGUACGAGCGCUUCGACACCUACUUUUGCUGCGAUAAUUGCCCUCUUAAACGAUGCUCUACUCUCCAAAGGUCGCAGACCUCUCGGAUUUCUCAACCCAUGGAUUUACACUCUCAAAUCGGGAGUCCUGAACGACAUCACUACGGGUAGCAACCCAGGUUGUGGAACGACAGGGUUCAAUGCGACGAGAGGUUGGGACCCUGCAACUGGAUUUGGAACGCCUGAUUUGCCGAGACUUCUUAAGGCACUCAAGCUUUGAUCAUUGGGUGUUUGCUCUUCUGGCUGCUUCUCGCUCGUUGUUGGCUAAUCGUUGUUGUUAUUGUGGCGAGCACACGGAUAAAAUAUUGAUCUGAUCUUGAACGCGCUGCAGUAUUCCCAUCGGGUUAUUUUUCAAAGUUGGGUUACGCUUGAGGCUGAGUCCUGCUCUGUUUUGCUGGACUUGAAAUGUGGCAUUUUAUUCCGUAAUAUGUAGAUACGAUAAUAAGCCAUACGUCCCUUAAAACUCACUUCUCGGUAUUGGCACUAUUAUUGGUCGGUGCAGCGCACUAUUGGAUGGCGGGGGAAGCGGAGGCAAAGCGGCUGGCACAUCUAGGGUGUAGGGUAUGUGGUACUGUAUAGGGGAGCUUGGCUUCACCAUCGUUGAUAUUUGCUGUA